AUGACCUUUACCUGCGAUCGUUGGUGCCAGCUAUGGUACACCCUUAUCAUGGUGACACUCGAGACCGGCUGUGAUAGCGUCCGACUAGUGCGGCUCAAGGGCAUCGGUGGUUGGCCCCGGCGGCGUUCUGAUGCAACUGCACCACCGUUCUUCCUCUAUGAUACCACUGGACAGAUUAGGGUUAUCCUCCUAGGAACAAUUACCACAGAGAGCAUAGCGGCGGCAGUGUCGAAAGACAACCACGGGGCGCAUCGCUCUAAACCGUACCUUCCGGAUCAUGUCGGCUGCAUCUUCAACACUCGUUCUAGCGAUUUAGCAAGAUUGUCUCGCCAAUUUUCUCCUCGAUUAAUGAAGUCCUACUUGCUCUGUGUUCAACGCAGAUCGCAUGUCUGUCCUCGGGCGGGACUUAUCUUGCCAGGAACCGAAACGGGACCUCCAGAGACUGCCGUCUCGCUUCCAGCAAUGAACGAUGACACUGCUCGAGGAAACAAUUGCAUUAUUGACACUCUAUUCACUGACCACGGUCUUGAGAAACAUCCAAAUCCGACCGUACAUACAAGAAUCUAUGGUCCACCUUCCAGUCAACCAGAAGUCAGCGUGGAACGACUUCCUGAGCUCGGAACGCUAAAGAUCUUCCGUACCAUAGUUGAAGAAAUUAAUACCCGGAAUUCUCUACAUAAUAUCAAAUAGACGAGGGAAAACAAUAAAUCUGUCGCUCUAGGAUAAUCUAGAGCCUCGUUCGGGGUCACCGGAGUCUCGCACUACAAUCAAAAAGGCGCUGAGAGUCUUGGCGUCUGCACCGGCUGCUUCGAAGCUUCAAGCCUUCAGUUCAACCAUCUGGCACUACUUAUUCCAUCUAUUAACGGAUCUGGCUAACGUUCAUGAAGCGAGCUCACCGUUCCAUGGGGCAGUCGUACAAAACUGGGUGGUGCCCCGCUUGAAGCAUUUCUUGUGUCAUAUACUUUUUUUUUUCGUUCCGCGG